AUGGGGCGGCCAGCCUAUCGAGGUAAACCUCACCUCCUGCCGAGCGGCAUGGGACUGAGGAUAGUUUUUAAAGAGCCUCAGUUCCUUCCUUCAAAACAACCAGGGGAUGGAUCAUUAUCUACUCUGGUAUCAGAGAAGUACAUAAACAACACACAUUAUAUGCCUUCCGAAAAUGACAGACCUCUCAAGUCUCUUGACUUCCAUCUGAAGCCAGUCUGUCGAAAUUGCGUGGUAUCACCGACGGGCUCAUCACCGCCGCCCCUUCAUGAGCAGCAAUCAUCCCCUCCGCCACCCGCACCUGCGUCACCCCACCUGCCAUCACCUCAGCCCAGUCACAGCGGAUCAUCAAUACCCAGUACCUCAAACUCCCCUCACCCUUACUCCUAUCCAAAUUUUCGGAGAAGUCAACCAUAUCAAGAGUUCAAUCUUCUACACAGUCAUAGUGUCUCACAGUUAAACCAACCUGGUCAGAGUUACCACUCCCCUCAAUCCCCUCAAUCAGCAAUGUCUCUGUCUCCACAUCCUGUACCUCAAGGGAAGUUUCGAGGGUUAUUGGAACAUGCUGAACGGCUUAUGAAGCCAGGAGACCCCCACAGACAUUCACAAAGCGACGACGAUUCAGGCUGCGCGUUGGAAGAAUACACGUGGGUGCCGCCAGGGUUGAGGCCCGAGCAGGUCCACCUGUACUUCUCCGCGCUGCCGGAGGACAAGGUGCCGUACGUGAACAGCGUGGGCGAGCGCUACCGGCUCAAGCAGCUGCUGCAACAGCUACCCCCGCAGGAUAAUGAGGUCCGAUACUGCCACGCGCUGUCAGACGAGGAGCGCAAGGAGCUACGGCUGUUCAGUGCGCAGAGGAAACGCGAGGCGCUGGGCAGGGGACAGGCGCGGCAGCUACAUGCGCCGGCGCCGUGCGAUCGGAUAAAU